GAUCUUUCUAUAAUUUUAAAACAUAGAAACACGUUAAUGUCGACAUGUGAUGCAAUUGAAAACUAAACGAUAAUAGUAAGAAAAUUUGUGGUUACAUUUCUUUGAAGUUUGUAAAAUGAGUGGUUUAUCGGAGGACGACAGUUCUGAUAGCAGCAAUGAAUUUGUGGUGAAACAGAAAAUUAAUCUAGACUCUAGCUUUUUCGCAGAAAAGAAGCCGAAGGUUCGCGGUGCUUUGCUUAAAAGCGACACCGAGGAUGAUGUUACCGAUGACGAGGAUCUAGAAGAUGUCAAUGAAUCGAGUAACAUCGAAUUGUUUACUCAAGUUUUAAAGAACUUGGAAAGUUCGCAAAAUCUCGGGAACAUCGAUGAAAAUGUCAGAAAUGAACAGUCGUCUUCAAACUGUUCUGUAUCGCAAAAGAAAGAAGAAAAAGUACAGGAAUUAAAAACAAAAGCGGAAGAUGCUUCGACAUCUAAUGAAAUAAAUGAACUCCUGCUUCGAGGAGAGAGUAAUAAGAGUUUGCAACAUACAAGACAUACUAAGAGUACAAUUGUAAAGGAAGAAGAAGAUACUGUAGACACUACAGAGUAUAUUAUUCCAAAGGAUGGCAUUAAAAUUACACUUCCUGGUACAAGUUCAAUAGUGAAUAAAAAGAAAAAAGGAAACCAAGAUUUAAAGUCCCUUUUACGAAGACGAUUAAGAGCUAAUCAAAUAUUAGUAGAGAAGGUAGGAUUACUCUGUUGGAUAGCAUAUGGAUUUUAUUUGAAUCAACAGGUAAAUCAGCCUGAAGUUAUGUCAACCACAUUGUCAUUAAUCACAAUGAACAAUUAUCCAAAGAAGAGAAUAGAUCUUGUCUAUUUAGAAAAAUUUACAAAAUGGUUUAAGCAUAUAUUUACAUUCGAAUUUGUUGAGAAUAAUAGCGAUAAGCACAUAAAUACAGAAAGUUUGUUAAAAGUAUUACAAGAAAAGAAAAUUUCCGAUUAUAGAGAGUUAGUAUUAUUAUAUGUUGCUGCAAUGAGAGCUCUAGGAUUAAAUUGUCGUUUAGUUGUAUCGCUUUGUCCGCCUCAUAGAGUGUUUAACGAUGACCCAUUAUUUAAAAUUGAUACAAAGAAGCAACAAGAUAAGCCAAAAAGUAAGUCUCGUACACGUAAAGGUAAAACCGCUUCAAAGUUAAAUCAAAAGGACACUUCUGACACAAAAACAGCAGUUAAAAAUAGUCCAGAAGCAGAGAAAAUUGCUAAAUUAGAUGCUAAAAAGAGAGCAGCACAAGUUUUUUGUUCAGAAUCGCAAAGCAACACAAAGAAAAGGAAAUCUGAUAAUAACAAAGAUUCUAAGACCCAAAGCAUAGAAAAGAAAACUGAGUCUAAAGUUGUAGAGAAAGAAAAAUGUGGAUCUAAUGUUUGUCAGCUGAAAUCUCAUAAAGUUAAUAUCUCUAAAAAUGAUAAAGCAAAAGAAAUUACAAAUUCGAGUUCAAAGAAUGAUGAUGAAUGGUCAAAAUAUUAUAUAGAAGAAGAUUCUACAGAUUCUGAGGCAGAAUUCUACCCUAAAAUGAAACGUGUUUUGAAAGAGAAGUUCAUUGAUACUAAAAAAGAAAUAGCACAAAGUUCUAAGACUAGUAAAACGAUAAAUAGAAAAUUAUUAUCUUCUGACAGUGAAGACGAGGAAUUGAAUAAAAAAAAGAAAUCACAAGAUAUCUGGGUAGAAGUAUAUCUAGAAUCAGAAGAAAGCUGGAUCUGUGUGAGCAUAAUGGAUGAAAAAAUUCAUUGUGUGGCUGAAGUAUAUAGAAAAGCAAAAAAGCCUGUAUUAUAUGUAAUUGCUUGGAAUUCUGAGAGUUUGAUGAAGGAUGUAACCAAACGUUAUUGUCCGCACUGGCUCUCGGUUACGCGCAAGCAACGUAUCGACGAAAAAUGGUGGCUUCAAACAUUGUCUCACUGGAAGGAAAGAGAUACAGCUAUCUCAAAAGCCGAAGAUCAGAUGUUUUUGCAAAAAGAAUUAGAACAACCAUUACCUAAAACAAUCAGUGAAUGUAAAGGACAUCCAUUGUAUGUCAUUGCAAGGCAUUUACUUAAAUUUGAAGCAUUAUACCCAUCCGACUGCGUACCGUUGGGAUAUACUUCUACAGGCGAAGCUAUUUACUCUCGUCACUGUGUGCACACACUCUGCUCGAGAGAAACGUGGCUGAAAAAGGCUAGAGUCGUGAAACCGAAUCAAGAACCUUACAAAGUCGUCAAAGCUCGUCCAAAGUACGACAAGUUGUCAAAAAUGAAGAUCAAUAAUUUAACAUUAGAAGUGUUCGGCGAAUGGCAGACUACAGAAUAUGUACCUCCAGAAGCUAAAAAUGGUAUUGUUCCACGAAAUGAAUACGGAAACGUAGAUUUGUUUAAAGAAUGUAUGCUUCCAAAGGGUACCGUCCACAUAACUCUUCCAGGAUUGAACCGUAUCGCUCGAAAACUCGAUAUUGAUUGUGCACCAGCCGUGGUAGGUUUUAAUUUUGGAUGUAUGGGCGCAGUGCCUGCUAUCGAAGGAUACAUCGUUUGCUCUGAAUACGAAGACACGUUACGAGAGGCUUGGGAAGCGGAACAAGUUGUGGCGGCUAAACGAGCCAGAGAAAAAGUGGAGAAAAGAGUUUAUGGAAAUUGGAAAAGAUUAAUCCGAGGUUUGCGCAUAAGAGAACGACUGGCUAUGAAGUACAAUUUUUCGCAGGAACCACAAUCGUCUACAGUGAAGAAACGAGCAAAACAUAAGAAAACGGAUGCAAAGAAGACUAAAGUUUGAUCAAUUUAAUCGGGCAUAUAUAAUUCUGUAGAAAAUUCGUUUCAAUAAUACAAUUUAAGGAUAUUUCUCAAUCAAAAUUUAUUUGAUAUAUUAUAGGGAAUGCAGUGAUAUAUUUAUUAUUUGGUUAUUAGUGGAGUAUAUAAGUUGUACUUGUGAUGUAAUAUACAUAUAUCGUCGAGGUAGAUUGUUGGAUCUUUUUAUAUGUAUUUGAAAAAAAUUCAUAAUCGUGCGGUUGAUAAUAUUCUAAUUUUUCUUUUGAUAAUAUUUUUCAUAAUUUAUUAAAACACGCGUAUUUUUUAUGUGUUUG